UAACAAAAAUAGAAAAAUUAGAAAACGUAUUUCCGCUUCCUCUUUUGACGUAACUUCCGGCGGGUGCUGAGUAGUUCGGUGGCUGUGAGUGCGGAGAUAUCAAUAGUAGAGCGAGCGCCAUGUCAGACAACGAGGACAACUUUGAUGGAGAUGAUUUUGAUGAUGCUGAAGAGGACGAUGGACUUGACGAUUUGGACAACGCAGAGGAGGAAGACCAUGAGAACGUAGCAAUUCUGCCGGCUGGUGAGGGUCAGCAGGCCAACCAGAAACGUAUCACUACCAACUACAUGACGAAAUACGAGCGAGCGCGCGUACUGGGAACCAGAGCCCUGCAGAUAGCGAUGUGCGCUCCGGUUAUGGUAGAGCUGGAAGGAGAAACAGACCCUCUUCUUAUUGCCAUGAAGGAACUCAAAGCACGAAAGAUCCCCAUAAUCAUCCGGCGCUACCUACCAGACGGGAGUUAUGAAGACUGGGGUGUGGACGAGCUCAUCAUUACAGACUGAGACCCUUGGAUGUCCCCAAACAUUCCCACCUCACCGGGGGUUUUACCUCGUUUUAUUUCUGUCUAUCCCCUUCCUGACCGUUGUACAGAAGUCUAUUUUUUUAAAUGUAAAUUGUAUAAAAAUAUAAGACCAGUUAUCAGGAAAUCCAUUUCCACAUCUUUCUCCGGACAAACCGAAACAGGAGCGUUGACUGAUGACGUAUUAAGUUCUUUUCUCUGGUCGUGCCAGUUUGUGUUUUCCCAGCUCUCCUGCAGGGAAAGGGAUAGAAGCCGUUUGUACAGUUUUCUUGGGAAAACUCAUCCUUUUGGAGUCUGGAUUAUGUAUUUGGCUUUAAAAAGUCGUUCGCUAAUGAGUUACAACAGCAGUGUGAGGAAUUUACUGUGAUAUUCCUGUUUGUGUGUAAUUUAAUUUCUAAAGCGCCAGAGACUAAUUAUUAGCUGCUUCUUUGUUUUUCAUCAUUCUAACAUUACAAUAAAAUUUAUGGUAACUGUU